UGACGACGAAUUCUGCAGUGAGAGGCUGAGAGCUGUGCCUCCCAGCGGUUGUGCCAUGGCAUGGCGCUUCUGGCUUUUCCUCCUGGGCCUUGUGUGGGACAUGUCGCUAGGAGCAGGGACCAACAAGUCGAUGGAGCUGCAGACGCUGCGGAGUGCCCUGGAAGUGGCCAAAGAGAAGGAUCAGAAGGUGCAAGCGGAGGAAGAGCACGAGAGGGUGGAAGCAGCCUUCACGAGUUUCUUUGGAACUCUACUUGUGAUUUGCCUGGUGCUGGCCCUGCUGUGGAUGCACAACCGUCACCAGCAGGAGACGGCCAGUGUCUUGGCGCUCGGUUCGGUGGCGCGGUUCGGAGGUCGUUCGGUGGCGAGGUCCAAAGCGUGCACGGUUGGGCGCAUGUGUAACCACCUGCAGCUUGCAAAGUGAGCACUUCAGAUCUCUAAGGCGUCUAAGGCGCACGUGUGGUAUCCGUUUCUGCGGAAUUCUCCCCCUUCACUUUGUUUAGGAAAGGCUUGGGGUGGGUGCUUGCUUGAGCCGACGAGCAGCAAUUACGCUGGUGUGUUGGGUUUGUUUGAAUGCCGCAUGCCUGAAAGAACUCUCUGAUUGGUGGGUCCUCAUUGAAUUGAAGAGAUUAUACACCAACACAUGGGAUCAAUCAUCCAAUCUGGGUCCUCAUUGAAGUCUUCGAAUGCCGCGGAAUCCAACCGAGACGAUCGAAGAUCACGGAGAUCGGCGGAAGAUCGACGGAGAGCAACGACUCCGGCCGUUCGACCAGUCGAGCGGAGUUCUGGCACGUUCUCAGAGGACGGUGCAGAAGGCACGCGCAAUGCAGGAACUACUUGGCAAAGACUAAGCUUGGCGCGCCAAGGUGUUGGAGAACACAUGGGAACACCUCGACCCGGCCUGCCGCAAUCCUUUUUCUGUACAUCCUCAUCUUUGAUGCGGAACAUGCGCCGGUCAUGCGGCCGAGGCGUGUUCUUCAGUGGCCGAGUUCGGUGCCUCAUCCGAUGGUCCGAUUCCGUGCUUUCCGUGUUGUGGCGGAUGGCGGCCUCAUUGAAGAUCUGUUGGCCCUCCAACCUAAUAGCAAUGGCCUCCAACCUAAUAGCAAUGGCCUCCAACCAAAUA